AUGAAAUGGGGCACCAACGGCCUCGUAGCGCUAUGCGCAAUGCUCUUCCUCCGCGACCACUACAUCGAGUUCCAACACGUCCGCGGCUCCUCCAUGUCGCCCACCCUCAGUCCCGAUGCGCACGAGACAGGCCGCGAAGACUACGUCCUCGUGCGCCCGUACCUCGAGUGCUCCAGACGCGGAGCCAAGAGCGAGAAAGACGACGACAGCAACAACAAUGAAUGGGGCGUCAAGCGCGGCGACGUAGUGACAUUUUGGAAACCGCAUAAGCCGUCUGAAAUGGGUAUAAAACGCGUGGUAGCGGUUGAGGGCGACACCGUUUACCCAGUUCGCGGCUAUGCUUUCGAUCCCGCGGUGCAUGCAGCGCGAGUGCAAGGGUCGCCGGAUGGGCUUGCGGAUUUCGACGCUGACUCUGUUGUUCCUGAGGAGCAGCAACGGGAGCUGGGCAAGGUGGUGGUGCCGUAUGGGCAUGUGUGGAUUGAAGGGGACAAUUGGCGGAAGAGUCUUGAUAGUAAUGAUUUUGGGCCGAUCAGCAAAGGAUUGAUUCAGGGGAAGGCAGUUAAAGUUUGGAGAGACUGGUUUGGGUUGUUGGAUGUGGGGGAUGAGAGGAAGAAGGGGGAUAGGGGGAUGAGGAGUAGGGUUGUGGAGGGGCGGAGUGAGAUUCCUGCUGUAUUCUUGGAGUGA